GAUAGUGAUACAAGUUCUAGUAGUGACAGUGAUAUCGGGGUUAGGAGUGAUCAUGAGGGGAGGGGGUCGGAUGAGGGAAGGGGGGAGGUUGAUAGUGGUGCGGGUGGUAGUAGGUUUGAGCCAAAUUCGGGGCGGGGGAGGGAUAGGGAUGGGGGUUCGUUGGGACCAGACCGGGAGGGGGGCGCGGGACCGUCCACAGGGUCGGGAGCUGGGGCCCAGGGAAGGGAAACCAGUCAACCAAGACCGCUACCAGAUCGAGGUGCAGAAAAGCAAGCCUUUUACCAGUAUAGGAUGCCCAAGAUAUUUACAGGGGUUCCAUUUGGAGCUUCACCUACAGCUCUUGCAUAUCAACCAAGGCUGGAAGAAGCCAAGGAAACUGAAUUUUCUGAAUCAGAAGAGGGUGAAAUAGUAUCAGAUUUAGAAGAAGGCGAAAUAGGUCGAAAGCGUCAACACAACGACGAAGGGGAAAAUGCAAGUACACCUAAACGGCCAAGAUUAGAGGAAUCGACGGAUGAAGAACAGGAACAAGCAGAAGAAGGUGAAAUUCGGGAGCAACGAGAAGAAGGUGAACUCCCAGAACGUGGAGACCAGCAGCACCAGCAGCAGCAGCAGCAGCAGCAACAACAGCAGAACCGCCUAUAUACGCAGUGGCAACAUCUAACACGGAGAGCAGGACAUUUGCAGCGAGUACAACAACAUCUACAACAGCAGCAACACCACCAACAACACAUCCAAGAACAUCUACAGCAACAACAGCGACUAUGGCGACAACAGCAGCUGGAUCAGCAGCAGGAGCAACAACAGCAGGCACGUCAACUAUGGCACGAGCAACAACAGCAGCUUCAGCAACAUUGGCAGGAGCUACUGCAACAUCAACAUCAGUUGAAAGAACAGCAACAACAACAGCAACAAUUUCAGCAGCAGCUAGUGCAACAACAGCAGCAGCUACAGCAGCAGCAAGAACAACAGCAGCAGCGCCAACAAAUGUUGCAACAGCGGGAGCAGCAGCUUCAGGUACUACAGCAACAAAUUGUGCAGCAACAGCAGCAGCAGCAAGAACAGCAACAACAUUCACCACAGCAACAGGCAUACUCACCAACGGAUUCGCCUGCCAGUCCAAGUGGUGGAUCAGAGCCCAGUUUCGGUGGAUUGUCAGAUGAUUCCAUUGGGUCUCCAGUUGCUUCCGGUGGAUCUCCAGCCGAAUCCGGUGGAUCACAACAUGAUCCGCCGGUUUUACCAAUCGAUCCGCCGGAAUCACCAGGUGAUUCACCAGGCGAUCCACCGGAAUCACCAGGCGAUCCACCGGAAUCACCCGGCGAACCACCGGAAAUGGAUAGAGAUCAUAGAGCAGCAGAUGCUCCCAGAUGUCCAACUCCUGGCUGUGAUGGCACAGGUCACAGAACUGGAAAAUUCAGAUCACACCACACGAUCAGCGGUUGCCCGCGGGCUCCCCUGCCACCAAGAAGAAGGCCACCUGCUGCGGGUGGUCAUCAGCGGCGGCCUGUCCAAGCAGAAGAAAAUAAUGCACCAGCCGACCAACGAACAGCUAAUUGUCCAACACCUGGUUGUGACGGCACAGGUCACAGGACAGGAAGAUUCAAUCAUCAUCACACGGCCAGUGGGUGUCCGCGUGUCCAGUUGCCCAGAAGAACAAGGCCGAGAGCACCCGCUGGUCGUGAUGACCCACAGGAGGCCGCUCAGAAUUCAGAACACUUGUCAUUGCCAUGCAGGUACCCUCUAAAAUAUCUUAGUAAAUGUGUGUAUGAAAGUAACAAAAUUGUUGUUGAUGUUGCCGUAGCUCCUGCCAAUGUUGCUGAAGCUGCUGUUGUUGCUCUUGCUAUAGUUGACGUGCCUGCUGUUGUUGCUCCUGCUGCUGUUGUCGCCAUAGUCGCUGUUGUUGCUGUAGGCGUUCUUGGAGGUGUUGUUGCUGCUGUUGUUGUAAUCGCUGCAAAUGUCCUGCUCUCCGUGUUAGAUGUUGCCACUGCGUAUAUAGGCGGUUCUGCUGUUGCUGCUGAUCUCCACGUUCUGGGAGUUCACCUUCUCGUUGCUCCCGAAUUUCACCUUCUUCUGCUGGUUCCUGUUCUCUAUUCUGGUAUUGAAAUAAUAAUUGUUGAUUACAGAAGAUUACAAUAG